UACGCCAAAAACCAUCCGUAUAGCACAUAUCGUAGCAAAUAUAGAGAAGGGAAUCAAAGAACUUCCUGGUAAAACCAAAUCAUCGAUUCGUGCAUCUGUUGCUAACAUUUUAAGACAUGGCAAACCACCCGCAACAAAAAACAUGUCCGAUCAGCAAAAUUUAGCUAUGAAAAGGUUAAAACGAGACCCCUCGAUUCAAAUUAUAUCUGCCGAUAAGGGAACAGCUAUAGUUGUAAUGAACGAAGACGAUUAUCAGCAUAAAAUUAACUAUCUUUUGGAUGAUCCCACAAUAUAUUUAAAAAUAACAGACAAACGUAGGAACCCCACAUCUAAAGUUGAAAAAGAUAUGAAUAGUCUUUUAAGAGAGAUUAGAUCGCAACCAGCAACAUAUAAUCAAGAAACAAAGCAAAUUCAAGACAAACUGUACUAUUUUUUACAUAGCACAGAUGCCAAUGUUGCCACAUUCUACGGUUUGCCAAAGAUCCACAAACCUGAAAUCCCUUUACGUCCCAUUACCAGCUGUAUUGGCUUUCCCACUUACCCGACUGUCCAAACAUCUAGUUCGUAUACUCUCUCUCCCCCAUUUUGA